AUGGCGAAAAAAACCGAGGAAACCGAGAAAAUUGCGAAAACCGAGGAAACUGAGAAAAUGGCGAAAAAAACCGAGGAAACCGAGAAAAUGGCGAAAACCGAGGAAACUGAGAAAAUGGCGAAAACUGAGAAAACUGAGAAAUCGGCGAAGAUCGAGAAAACUGAGAAAAUGGCGAAAAAACCGAGGAAACCGAGAAAAUGGCGAAAACAGAGAAGACAGAAGGCCGAUAAAGCCGCUAAAGCGGACGAAGCCGAUAAACCUGGCAAAGCGGGUAAAGCGGAGGAAGAAGCAGCGUCGCCGGGCAAAGCCGCUACUAAAGCGUAG